GCUGUGGCUUGGCAAAUGCGAUUUGCGAUGAUGAUUUUUUUUUAUCCCCACUUUGGUUGGAGCAGAAAUGAUUUUUGACUCUGGCCUCUGAAAAAGCCCCAUUUCACCUCACUCCUCCCAGAUUAAAAUCUAGGGUUACCUAAUCUCGCUUAAUCUGCACUAAAGCUGUCUAAUCGGCAAAGAAAAUUACACUCGCUGAGGUCUCGCCCGCAAAUAAUCAGCAGAGGUGAAACCUCCGCGCCGCGACGUCUCCCUGGAGGGAAUUUGGACGCUGCACGCGGCGCAUGGGACAAUUUGUCACGCAGAAAGUCAAGCAGCGUAUUUCUAAAAGACAAAAGCCCACGUCGAGAUUGCGCAGGAAUUUCCCCAUGCGCGCGUUUCACGUUGCCUCGGGUUUGGAGGCAGGCGCACAAAGCGCUCCGCCAAAACAUAUUUAUGCAGAGUUUUGAUUACGAAUUUGAGUUCCGUCCUCUCUCCUCAUAACAGAGGUUGUGGUAAGAGAGCGGGGAAGAGGUCGGGAUUUCGCUGUAAUCACGUUCGGAGAGUAGGCUAUUGAUUUCGUGAGCACACUCCAAUUGGCAGCAUCUCUACUACAGCGCCGGCGCGUCAUCCUCGAACAUGUGUGGGAUCUGAGGGAGAGAGAGAGUGAGAAAAGGCAAGGGGAAAGAAGGGAGCGAGCAAGAGGAGGUGUGAUAAAAGCCAAUUUUAUCGUCCUCGCAAGUGGAUACAAGAUUUGAUCGUUGGACUAUUUUUUCUUUUUCUUUUUCAGACUGGGAAUUUAUCGAUUCGCCACAUACGCACGCCUCUUCAUUAUAAUUGCAGACAGUUGGGUGCUGUUCAGGCUGAAUGGACUUGAAUGUGCCGCUGCCAGCCUAAUCCGUGCAGACUGGAAGAUUUAAUAAUUCACGGUAAUCACGCAUUAUCGCCUCGGUGGAUGCUCUCUACGCAGCCCUGGUGAUUUUUCCCGUCUCUUUCCCCAUUCUUCCUGUCGUCUUUUGGAGGAUUUAUCGACGACUGGUUGCCAGAAACGGUUCUUAUCUGAAAUAUCAUCUGUUGCUGCAACUGGAUUGAAAAGCCCCCACGAUUGGCUCUGACACGCGUUUGAGACUGACUGUCUUGAGGUGAUGUGGACUGUCAAAUAAGACGCAUCUCAUUCCUCGUUUGGUAUUUUACUUCAGGUAAAAUGGACGACAAAUUAUUAUUACUUUUACUACUUCUCUUGUCUCUACACGCGAGACAGUGAUUUUGCCUCUAUCCAACAUGAUCCUUCUACUCCUUUGAAUUGCCUCCUAUUGAUUCAGACUGUAAGAUCAAUCGCCGUAUUACAAGGUGAAUUUCACCAUAAAGCGAUAUUAAAGACAUCGGAGGUGUUCCCUCCCCUGCUCGUCGUUUGAUUGAUUCCAUUUUCAACUGAAGGGUAAAUGUUGAUGAUGGAGGACGACGAAUUGGACGCUCAUCAGGUUGAUUCGGAUUUCGAGCCGCAGAGCCGGCCUCGCUCGUGCACCUGGCCGCUGCCUUGUCCGGAGGAUUUCCCCGGUGAGCGCGAGGUCAGCGGGGGGCUCCCGCUGGCCAACAUCAAGGUGGAACCGGAGGACGUUCCCGCUUGCAGAGCGGGGCUCGUGGGCGGAACGCCGGGGGAGCUGAAGCAUCCGGCCGGCGCCCCGGCACCCACGGGCGCGACGCACCCAUGCCUGGCUGGCGCGGCGCUCGAUGUGACCGGACCGCUGCGCAAAGCCAAGUCCUCGCGGCGGAACGCGUGGGGGAACCAGUCCUACGCGGAUCUCAUUACGCGCGCCAUCGAGAGCACCCCAGAAAAGAGACUCACGCUGUCACAGAUAUACGACUGGAUGGUCCGCUACGUGCCCUAUUUCAAGGAUAAGGGCGACAGUAACAGCUCAGCUGGUUGGAAGAACUCCAUUCGUCACAACCUGUCUCUCCACACACGCUUUAUCCGUGUGCAGAAUGAGGGAACUGGAAAGAGUUCCUGGUGGAUGCUGAACCCUGAUGGCGGGAAGAUGGGCAAAGCCCCACGCAGACGAGCCGUCUCCAUGGACAAUAGCACCAAAUACCUGAAAAGCAAGGGUCGCAUAAGAGGCAAGAGAGUCGGCCGCCCAGGGAUAGGAUCAGCAUCUACUGUGGUGGGGCUCCAGGGCUCCCCGGACCAAGACAACCCAUCACGGAAAGGCCUCCCAGGCGCUGGAGGUGCAUCUGGGACAGAUGGAGAGUUUGACUCUUGGACAGACCUCCAUUCCAGAGCAAGUUCUUCAGCCUCCACCCUGAGUGGGCGUCUGUCCCCCAUCCUCGCAGAGGGAGAGCCAGAGGAACCAGAGGAAGGUGGCCUGUCUUGUUCCACCUCCCCCCACCUCUACCCGUCACCCACAAGUGCCCGGUCUCCAUCCAUGGGGGCAGGAAAUCGCUGUCCUCCCCUGGAACAGCUGCCUCAGCUGGCAAACCUGACAGGUGCCAUCAGUCUGGAUGAGCCUCUCAUGGAUGAAAGUUAUCACCACCACCACCCACAGCAGCAACACCAGCAGCAUCCAGCUGUUGGCCGACACAAGCACCAAACCCCCGUUUAUCACUACAGCUCUGGAGUGAAGGGGCAGAGCUCAUAUGGGGCGGGUGUGUAUGGUGCAACAGGCAUGGGCAUGCUACGCCACCACUCACCCAUGCAGACCAUUCAGGAGAACAAGCCAGCCAGUUUCUCUGGAACCAUGCGGGCGUACUCCAGCACCAAUGCCCUGCAGAGUCUGCUAACGGGGGGUCCUGCUCGGCAACAGUACUGUUCCAAGGACAUGAUGUUGGGACAGGAGAGGGAAAGCCAUCCAAUGAUGAGUCAAGCUGCUAACGGUGCAGGCUCCAACCAUCACAACCAUCACCCCGGCCACCAUAAUGGUCACAGCCACACUGGACCCCAUAGUCACAGCUCAGCUCAUAGCCAUAACAGAACUCAUAACCACGCUCCAAGUCAUAGUCACAACAAUGUAAACAACCAUAAUUCACCUCACAGCCUCACUCACAACAGUCACAACCUCAGCCAGAGCCAUAAUCACACACCACCCCGGUCUGCGGCCCUGACUCCACGUGUCAGCAGCAAUCAGCUACAAACCUACAACCACAAAGCUCCCUACUUAUACAGCCCCCCAUCACACGCCCGCCUCCCGGCCUCUACGACCCUUCCACCAAACCCAGCAGGGAUGCUCGGUAUGCCCCAAGACUCCUGCCAUGUGGCCACCGCCCCGCACCCGCACCCUCGUCACAACCAUUACACCGAGCCACUACACCAAGGCAUGACUAAUGGACCAUACCACCUGGGCCAGGGAAUGGGAAAUGGUAGCAUAGGUAGUGACUACCAUGGCUAUCACCAACAACACCCCCAUGAGAGACUUCCAGCUGAUCUAGACAUUGACAUGUUCCAGGGGAGCUUGGACUGUGAUGUGGAGUCCAUCCUCCUCCAUGACAUUAUGGACUCUGGGGAGGAGAUGGACUUUAAUUUUGACUGCUCCCUAGCCCAGGGUGUGGGUAUCGGCAUGGGCAUGGGCAUGGGCGUGACCAUGGGCAUGGGGAUGGGAAUGAGUGGUCUGGCUGGGCCACAACAGGCCCACAGCAACCAGAGUUGGGUGCCUGGCUGAAGACACAGACGACUGUCCCUCCCCUCAGAAAGAACUCAUGAAGCACUGUGCUCAACUGUGACAUUCCUGACACAGAGACUAUAGGACUAACACUCCCAUCUCUCUUUGUUGUCCUGACAAUUCUUCUGUCAUCCUCCCUCGUUAGACACCCCUUCCCCUUGAGAGAUCCAGUUCAUGUCACAAUAGGUUUUUCCUCAUAUCAGCUAUACUGUGAUGACAAUCUCUCAGCUGUGCUUGGCCAACACUGCUUCUCAUCUACCAUGAGAACUGAACUUUCAACGCACUUUACUGCAAGUGGGUCACAUCUUGCAGUGUAUCGCAUUCACAGAGCAGCUCAGGCAGAGCUUGACGUGUUUUGUAAGGUGGCGGCAUGAUUUGACAGAAACAAAUGAGGAAAUCACAAGCACCAUUGAUAACGUGUCAGACUUUGGCAUUGAAUUAAAAAUGGACUCAUUUUCGUCUCAUAUGGUGGCGAGGACGACAUCACAAACAAUACUUUGCAUCUUGUCCAUUAUAUUCUCAAAGUUUUACGCAGUUCUUGUUUUUCGUCAUUCACUUUUCUAAAUUGAGCACGCAAGCGUAAUUAAAUGUAUCCCUGGUUUUAAACUAAUUUGAAUGCAUUUAUACCAUAUAUUUAAACAGGAAACUGAUCUUAUGCCAUUUGCCAUUUUAAUUAUGACAUUUAAAUAUUCAUCAGUUGCAAUUAAUUAUCUCACAUCAGCAGGGCUGUUAUUUACAACUUCACGCAUUUAGUCCUUGGGACUUGGAUGUAACAUUUUGUUAUUGCCCUUUUGCCACUGGUUAGUCACUACAUCAUUAAAUGGAGCCGCGCUCACACGCUAGCAUGCAAUUUGGUGAAUUAUAAUGUCAUCUCACCUUGUCUCACCUGUGCCAGUUGCUCUCUCUGCCUCUUUCCACCUGCCAGUAGAGACAAAGUACCAUUCCUCACACCAAGCCAUUAAUGUGGCUUGAUUGAAAUUCAGCAUCUUGCUUUUAAUCUCCAAAGUGAUGCAGCAGCGAUGCGUCAUUAUUGAGAGCCUAACCCGCCGUCCUCUCGUCUCUCACCCUGUCCAUCCGCGCCACCAUUGGCUCCUCCGACUUAAUGCGCCAAGAAAGCGAGACAAAACUGUGAUUAACGCCGGGUCACUCUGCCUGCUGUCCUGCUCUGAGAAAGGCCAAUGUCACUGUCCGCUUGCUUGCUCACGCAGGGCACAGAAACCUAGAGAUGAAGACAAGCGUAGAAUACAGGUCUGUUAUUGCAGCGGGACCAGUCAUCAGCCUCCGUGUCCAUGCUCUACGGGCGUGUGUCUGAAAACAGAUAGUGUAUUCGUAUUGUAAAUCAUCUCCAUUAUCUGUAAUUUGUGUUCCCUUGUUCCCACGUUUUCAGUGCUUACACCCUGGGCUUCAAAUAAAACAGGUGCAAAGGCAGAGAUUAAAGAAGAAAACAAUCAGUCAACCUGAGUGGCGUGAGUCUAUCUCAAACGGGGCCAUAAAGCUUCGCAGCCAUCCAUGUCCGGUUUUUGUGUGUUUAUUCUGUUGUCUUGUAGUUGUUGUUGUAUUGUUGAAAUUCUAAGGACUUACAAGGACAGUGCUGAACUAUCCACGGUGUACGGAUGGAAUUCAAUGGUGAAAUGAUGUUGGCAGUGCAGUAUGACCUUCCUGUGCUCCAAUACUGUGUACUCCUCCCACACGUGAUCUGCUCAGUUGUCUCUGUGUUUGUGAGUGUGUGUGUGUGUGUGUGGGGAGGGGGGGUCUUGAAGCUUGUUUCUCACUGGCCUUGGGAGAGAAAAAAAGAGGACACCCCUAUUCUCUAGUUCCCUCAAGGAGACUCUCUGCGCUUGGUCUGCACCAAGUACGGCACACAAAUUAAAAGGAGGGACGAGCGGGGUGAGGGUUAUUGUUACAGCCAAAGGUCAAGCACAGCACAGACUAUCAGACCAUUACUGAGGUAAAUACCUUUAUUCCAGGGCUGUUAGCCACACUGGAUCCAGUUCAUUUCCGAGUGGAAAGCGUGUGGAAUUUUCUAAGCAACUGGGCUUCACAGCAGUUACGUUUUAGCCCAGUGCUACAGACAUUUAGCAAUGCCCUGCUAUUGGAAAGAGAGCUAUAUAUGAUGUCUAAUUUUCCUAUAUUUAUUUAUGAAAGAGAUUGGUCUUUGUCUCUCCUUAAUGUGGUAGUUGUUUGAGUCAACUCCUGUCCCUUUCCUCUUUUUUUCUCUGUUUUUUUAAGAUGUCAUUCUCCCUCUGCCCCUUUACUGACUUUUAUUUUGUACAAAAUCUAUAUAUUAAGAAUAUUGUAUAAUAAUUUUUAAAAUCUCAGAAGAAUAUCAGUUUUGUUGUCUAUUUCUUUUUUAAGAGAAUGUAUCUCAUCAUAUGGUGACUGUUAAAUAAAUGAAAUUAAAACAAA